CGCCUGGGCCCCUCUGGACCGGGCGGUUCAUCCCGGCAUUGCGGGGGGAGGGGGGGGGCACCUUGGGAUCCGGGAGGCCCGGACGCCUGGGCCCCCCCGGACGCCUGGGCCCGCCCCCCCCCCCCCCGGCUGAGCCUGCGUCCCACAGAUGCCCCCCGCGCGGCACAGCGGCGGCAUGGGGCGCCGGGGGGGGGCCCAGCCCUGGGCCUUCGUCCCCCCCCUCCUCCUCCUCCUCGGCCUGGCGGCCCCGGGGGGCUCCUACCGGCCCGUCAUCGUCGUCCACGGCCUCUUCGACAGCCCGGCCGACUUCCGCCACCUCCUCGCCUUCAUCAACGAGAGCCACCCGGGCACCAACGUGACGGUGAUCGACCUGUUCGACGGCGGCGAGUCGCUGAAGCCGCUCUGGGUGCAGGUCGAGGGCUUCCGGCGCGCCGUGACGCCCAUCAUGGCCAACGCCGCCGCCGGCGUCCACCUGCUCUGCUACAGCCAGGGGGGUCUCAUCUGCCGGGCGCUGCUCUCCACCAUGCCGGAGCACAACGUGCACAGCUUCAUCUCGCUGUCGGCCCCCCAGAUGGGCCAGUACGGCGACACCCGCUACCUGCGCUGGCUCUUCCCGCGGCACCUGGCCGCCAACCUCUACCGGCUGUGCUACACCCGGCGCGGGCAGGGGGUCUCGGUGUGCAACUACUGGAACGACCCCCACCACCGCCAGCUCUACCUGAACAGCAGCGACUUCCUGCCCCUGCUGAACGACGAGCGCCGCAACCCCAACGCCUCCGCCUGGAAGCGGAACCUGCUGCGGAUCCAGAACCUGGUUCUCAUCGGGGGCCCCGACGACGGCGUCAUCACGCCCUGGCAGUCGAGCCUCUUCGGUUUCUACGACGCCAACGAGACCGUGAGGGACAUGCGCUCGCAGCCGGUGUACGUGCAGGACACGUUCGGGCUGAAGACGCUGGACGGGCGGGGGGCGAUCGGGGGCUGCGCGGUGCCCGGCGUGCCCCACACGGCCUGGCACUCGAACCGCUCCGUCUACGCCGCCUGCAUCCGGCCCUGGCUCACGUAGCGCCGCCGCCGCCCCCGGCGCCCGCCCCCCCGG